GUUUGUGUUAUAAUUUUGAAAUUAGUUGAAGUUCUCAAAAUUUUCACAAAAGAAAACCAAAAUAAAAUUGGACAAAAAAAUGCCAACCGCCUCUGCCUCCAUCUUCUUCCCCUCUCCGCCGCCUUAUCCACCACCGGCGAUAUUAACAAAAAACCCGUCCAGAUGCCACGUCAUCCCAAGAAUGUCCCUUAACCAAAGCCCAUCUACCGGCCCAAAAAGAUCUUCUUCUGCUUCUUCUUCUUCUUCUUCUCUCUUGGCCUCAAUCACCAAUCUCUUAUGGGGCCCAUCUCUCCCUCCGGGGCUCCUCAUAGCCACCGUCCGUACCGCCUGGGAAACCACCUGGCAGCUCAUGAUGGCCCAGCUCGCCCCUUCCGACACCUCCGGCACCUACACAAGACCCAUCUCUCAAUUUCGCGCCACCAAGAUUUCCGCAAACAAUCUCCAUCUCUACGUAGGCCUUCCAUGUCCAUGGGCUCACCGGACAUUGAUUGUUCGAGCCCUAAAAGGCCUUGAAAACGCUGUUCCGGUCUCCAUCGCCGGGCCUGGGUCCGACGGAUCUUGGGAAUUCCGAGAGAAACCAAAGGCUGAAAAUGAAACCCUAAACCCGGGAUUGGAUAAGGCAAAUGGGUGUAGAACUUUGAAAGAAGUUUACAGAAUGAAACGUGGAGGCUAUAAUGGAAGAUCCACUGUGCCAAUGCUAUGGGAUGCGGAGAAGAAGGAGGUGCUUUGUAAUGAAAGUUUUGAUAUAAUUGAGAUUUUUAACUCGGGUCUUAAUGAGUUGGCUGAGAAUCCAGAGUUGGAUCUCUCACCGCCAUUGUUGAAGAGGAAGAUUGAAGAAUGGAACAGCAUUAUAUAUCCUAAUGUCAACAAUGGAGUUUAUAGAUGUGGGUUUGCUCAGAGUCAAAAAGCAUACGACAAAGCCGUCGAGGAUCUAUUUUCAACUCUCGAUUUGUUAGACGACCAUUUGGGCCAUUCACGAUACUUGUGCGGUGAAAAUUUGACUCUAGCUGAUGUUUGCUUGUUUACAACCUUGAUUCGAUUUGAUCUGGUGUAUAAUGUUCUGUUUAAAUGCACCAAGAAGAAGCUACUUGAGUAUGAUAAUCUUCAUGGAUACAUGAGAGACAUUUAUCAGAUUCCAAAGGUUUCAGCAACUUGCAACUUUACCGCUAUAAUGGAUGGUUAUUACAAAACAUUGUUUCCAUUAAAUCCGGGGAGUAUUCGACCAACCAUUCCUACCAGUUGUUAUCAUGAAGCACUGUCAGUACCUUCCGAAAGACGGUCACUUCCAUUCUUAGGCAGAAUCGAGCAGGUUUCAGCUUGACAGAGUGGUUGGAAAUUGAAUAUUGGAUAUUUGAUCAAUGACAGCAUCCAUGUCACAACUCAUUGCUUCAAUCACUUGAUGAACUUCCAUAUUUUUGAGCUCCCGACGAAUGUAUAUGGUCACAAAUGAUGCCUUGGACUGUAGACCUCCUGGUUCCGCAGGCAUUAUGGCAAAACCGGAAGGUCUCAAAAACAAACAAUUCCUACAAAACAUUGGUAGGAGAGAGACAUGAACAUCCGCUUUUGUCAUUUGUGAUGAUAGGAUGAAGGAGCAAUAUUCAUUCUCUGUAGACUCUUGUAGGAAAAAGUAGUUGUCCUGUCACGUUAAAGGAACAUAACAUUGAAGUGCAAAAGUUUUGGGAAACGAUCAGUUAAAGAAGUUUAUGUAAAGAGAAGUUACCUUAGUAUCCUCAUCUCCUGUUUCUUUUUUCACACUUAAAACAGUGCAAGAACUUUCAUCCGUUGCCAAAAGUGCAACUGUCAUCGAGAGCUGUGCUUGUGAUUUUUUGCUCGUCUGUUUGUUGUCAUGUAUGUAAGUUUGAUGGGUACAAAAUGAGAGAGAAAAUUCAAUACGUGUCUAUUUGAUAUUUGGACUUUUAAAAGUA